AUGUACUCCAUCAGCAUUGAGGAUGAAGACAGCUACUCCUGUGCUGUAAAAGGCCAUGAGGACCUCAGCUCUCCUGCAGUGUAUAAACCAAAGAACACCUCAGUGUCAGUCAGUCCCUCUGGUGAAAUAGUGGAGGACAGUUCAGUUACUCUGACCUGCAGCAGUGAUGCCAACCCACCUGUCCAGAGUUACACCUGGUACAAGAAGAAUGGAGGUGGCUAUCAGAGUAUGACGGGACCACAUCAUGUCUUCAAUCAAAUCCAGUCAUCUGACACUGGAGAGUACUACUGUGAGGCCCAGAAUGAGAUGGGGACAGACUGGUCUAGGACCAUAAACAUGGAUGUGAAGUCUUUACCAGAUGACCCAAAGAACACCUCAGUAUCAGUCAGUCCCUCUGAUGAAAUAGUGGAGGGCAGUUCAGUGACUCUGACCUGCAGCAGUGAUGCCAACCCACCUGUGGACAAAUACACCUGGUACAAGAAGAAUGGAGCUUCACUGACAGGAUCUGAAAAGACAUACACUUUCACGACCAUCAGCUCUGAGGACAGAGGAGAAUAUUACUGUGAGGCUGAGAAUAAAUAUGGACGUCUCAACUCUUCUUCUGUGUCUGUGGACGUUCAGUGUUAGUUCAUCUAACCUCAUCUUUUGAUCAGAGGAUCACAUUUAAAUUCAUAUUUCAAUCACAAGUAAAACACUAUUUU